UUUCGCCUGGGAAUGGCGUGAGCGCGCUUGGCGGGCGCCUGCUGCAGAAACCAGUCCGUACAAACCGAGGGGUUGUAAUCCGGGCCAUUCUUGUUGACAACGAGCCUAGACUAGAAAAUUAAACAGUUACAUCGAGGAAACUGGAUUGCGCGUGAUCAAGCUGUUCAGUAUUUAACAAUGUCAGUGUAAAAGUAAAGCCGGGGGAAAGAUUUAAGCGGAAAAAUCACUGACAGGCCAGAUGAGGUUUGAUGGGAUUCAUAUGCAAUACAGAUGGAGAAAUCGACAGGCUAAAUGAUCGUAUGUGUUGUAAAUAUUUAAAUAUCCAUCACUAGUAACAGGGAAGAUGCAUCUCCACCAGGUGCUGACUGGGGCUGUGAAUCCAGGAGACAGCUGCUAUUCGGUGGGAAGCGUUAGCGACAUCCCUUUUACUGCAUAUGGGUCUGGCUGUGAUAUUGUCAUCCUCUCCAGUGAUUUCGAGUGUGUGCAGAUUGUCCCUGGUGCCCAGCAUGGCAACAUACAAGUGGGAUGUGUGGAGUGCUCGCAUCAGCUGGGAAGGAUCGCUGCCUCCUAUGGGAACACUGUGUGCAUCUUUGAGCCUGUUGCAACCAACCCAAACAAACGACACAAUCAGCUGAAUUACCAGUGGCACAAGACCGGCCAGUUUUUCCUCAGUGAUGUGACGUACAAUCUGGCAUGGGAUCCGCAAGGUAACCGGAUACUCGCUGCGACAGAGCAGCUGCAGCUGUGGGCUCCGCCCUCCAGUGACACGCUGGUGGAGGAAGAGGAGGGUCAGGCUGCUGAAGAUAAACUCCAUCCUGCCUUAAAUGACUGGAAGUGUGUCUGGCAAUGCAAGACUGCUGUGCCUGUGCAUGUGAUGAAGUGGUCGCCCGACGGGGAGUACUUUGCCACCGCAGGGAAGGAUGACUGCCUGCUGAAGGUAUGGUACCCCACCACGGGGUGGAAGUCAGCAGUGGUGAUCCCAGAGCUGCCCGAGAAGAAGGGCACACCCGUCCACUUCUCUUUCGUGUACCUGGCACACCCCCGCGCUGUCACUGGCUUCUCCUGGAGGAGGACCAGCAAGUACAUGCCCAAGGGCUCGGUGUGUAACGUGCUGCUGACCUCCUGCCUGGACGGGAUCUGCAGGCUGUGGUCUGAGACCCUGCUGCCUGAGGACAGCCUGCUGGGGGGGCAGAUCUCAGAGAGCAGCAGCAGCAGCAGCAGCCUGCCCCACCCAGGGGGGCAAAAGGACAAGAUCCAACAUGCCCUGGAGUCCAUUCACCACCUGAAGCACCUGCGUCGCGGCCGGAGGCGCUCCUCUGCCCUGGCGGCCCACACCGAGCUGCUGCCCAGCCAGCUGGGCUCACACGAGGUCCACCGACACAUCUCUCACCAUGCCAACGCCCUCUGCCACUUCCACAUCUCAGCCAGCAUCAACCCCAGCACAGAUAUCCCCCAGGUCCUGUCGGCGACGGCGUUCCUGGGGGACGAGGCCAGCGGCGGUUUUGUGGUGCACUGGCUGAACAACAAGGACCUGAGCUUCACCAUCUCCAUGGACCUGUUCAUGCAGCAGCUGCGCAGGCUGUCCGAGACGCACCUGGAGUCCACUGCUGACGACCCGGACCCCGAGGGGCCGCAGGCCAAGUUUGACCUGGAUCUGGAUGAGAUGUCGGACAGAGGCUCCUCUGAGCAGGAGGACGGCGAUCCGGAGGGCAGCACCAAGGCCUCCUCCCCCGGCUCCAGCGGCAGCUCCCCUUUACCCACAAUGCUGCUGGACAGGAAGUUGGAGGCCCUCACCCUGGAGUGGAACAGGAGCCCAGACAUGCUCUUCACCAUCCACCCAAUGGACGGCUCCUUCCUGGUGUGGCACGUGAAGUACCUGGAUGAGUACAUCCCGGGAAUAUUCAGACAAGUCCAGGUGUCCUUCUCCUCCCAGAUCCCUGUGGCGUUCCCCGCGGGCGAUGCGAACUCCCUCAGCAAGAACAUCAUGAUGUACGCCUGCACCUUCACCGAGCGGGAGUCCAGCACCGCGCUGCAGCGGCGGCGGAAGGCCCAGCGCAUGCCGCACAGCGCUUCGGGCUCCGCCCCGCUGGGCCCGGCGGCGGGCCACUCGCUGGCCGCCCUCAUCGGCCCCGCCGUCAUGAUGGUGUCCAAGCACGUGGACGGCUCGCUCAACCAGUGGGCCGUCACCUUCGCCGAGAAGUCGGCCUUCUCCUCGGUGCUGACCGUCUCGCACAAGUUCCGCUACUGCGGCCACCGCUUCCACCUGAACGACCUGGCCUGCCACACCGUGCUGCCGCUGCUGCUCACCUCCUCGCACCACAACGCCCUGCUGACCCCGUCCGGCCGGGAGGAGGGCGGGGCGGAGGAGGGGGCGGAGGCGGGGCAGCAGUGGGGGCGGGGCACGCCGCAGAGGGGCGCGGCACUCACUGAGCUGAAGAAUGCCGCCACGCGCACCUUCCACGACCCCAACGCCAUCUACAGCGAGAUGAUCCUGUGGCGGGUGGACCACAUCGGGCCGCUGUCCUGCACCGGGGGCGUGUCCGAACUCGCCCGCAUCAACUCCCUCCACACCUCCGCCUUCUCCAACGUGGCCUGGAUCACUACCCACUCUGUACUAGGUUCUUACUGCAAUUCGGCGAGUGCCUGCUUCGUGGCGUCUGAUGGGAAGCACCUGCGGUUGUAUCAGGCAGUGGUUGAUGCCCGGAAACUUCUGGAUGAACUGUCCGACCCUGAGACCUCGAAACUGGUGGGGAAGGUUUUCAACAUCGUGAGCCAGCAGUCCACCGCCAGGCCAGGCUGCAUUAUUGAGCUGGACAUCAUUACUGAGCAGUGCGGGUCCAACACACAGCUGCUCCACGUGUUCCAGGAGGACUUCAUUUUGGGGUACAGACCCCCAGAGGCCCCUCCUGACUCCGCCCAGGGGUACUACCCUCCACCUUUCUCAGAAAAGUUCUUUCUGGUGGUGAUGGAGAAGGAUGGAGACCGUAGCACCACCCUGCAGAUGUGGCACCUGCAAUUACAGUCUAUCCAGGCCUGCGUGGAUGGGAGUUUCCCGGAGCAGAUGUUUCAGAACCAGCUGGUGGUGCCGGUGCAGCAGGACGACGGCGACUCCUCGCCGGACGCCUCCCCCGGGCACAGCCCCCUCCCCCACUCCUCCUCCUCUGCUCACCUGCAGUCCGCCAGCAAGCUCAUCCUCAGCUCCCAGCUGGUCUACAGCCAGCGCCUGGAGCUCCCCGCCGGGGUGGAGGUCAUCCGCGCCACACCCUCCGCAGGGCACUUGAGCUCCUCGUCGAUCUACCCGGUGUCCUUGGCGCCGUACCUGAUCGUGACCACCUGCUCGGACAGCCAGGUGCGGUUCUGGCGCUGCGGGGUGGAGGCGGGCGGGGCCGGGGAGCGGGCGUACCGCUGGGAGCCCUGGGCCCUGAUGAACGACGAGCGGGACAGCGACAGCGCAGUGAGCGUCCCCGGCCGCCCGGUGGCCGUCAGCUGCUCCUACACCGGCCGGCUGGCCGUGUCCUUCAAGCAGCCGUCGCCGGGCGACGGCGGGCACACGCUGGCGAAAGCGCGCAGGGAGUUCUCCAUGCACGUCUCCAUCUACGAGUGCGAGUCCACGGGCGGGUCCGAGUGGGUGCUGGAGCAGACCAUCCACCUGGACGAUUUAGUCGGGGUCUCGGCCGGGGCCGCCCUGGACCCCCGCGUCAGCGUGGACAGCAACCUGGUGGUCUACAGCAAGUCGGACCUGCUGUACGGCGGGAGGGGGGCGCAGGGCAGCCCGAACCGGAAGCACUUUGUCCACCUGGACUGGCUGUCCAAGGAGGACGGCUCGCACAUCCUGACCGUGGGCGUGGGCUCCAGCGUGCUGAUGUACGGGCGGGUCUCGGGGGUGGUGGGGGAGCAGACGGGCGGGGGGGAGGGCGCGGCCGUGGUCACCCUGCCGCUGGGGGGCAGCGUGAAGCAGGGCAUCCGGUCCCGCUGGGUUCUGCUGCGGGCCGUGGACCUGGUGUCCUCGGUGGACGGGACGCCCUCGCUGCCCGUGUCCCUGUCCUGGGUGCGGGACGGGAUCCUGGUGGUGGGGAUGGACUGCGAGAUGCAGGUGUACGCCCAGUGGGGGCGGGACAGCAGGCCCGGGGAGGCCGAGAGCGACAGCCUGUCCUCGUCCGAAAACGUGACGACGCAGGACUCGGACUCCGAGCCCUGCCCCAGGGCCAAGAGCAUUUUGGAGGGGGCGGACGAGGCCCUCAGGCUGCCGGCCGUCAGUCAGGACGGGAGCUUGUUUGAGGCAGCACACUCGCUGUCCCCCACCCUGCCCCAGUACCACCCCACCCAGCUGCUGGAGCUCAUGGACCUGGGCAAGGUGCGGCGGGCCAAGGCCAUCCUGUCCCACCUGGUCAAGUGCAUCGCCGGGGAGGUGGCGGUGGUGCGCGACGCGGAGGCGGGAGAGGGCGGGGCCAGACGUCACAUGUCCCGCACCAUCAGCGUCAGCGGCAGCACGGCGAAGGACACCAUCCUGGCGGGCCGCGACGGCGGCCGCGACUACACCGAGAUCAACUCCAUCCCGCCGCUGCCGCUGUACGCCCUGCUCUCCGCCGACGACGACUCCUCCUACAAGGCUGCCGACGAGGCCGGGAAGGGCGCGGGCAAAGGGGUCCCGGGCGCCCAGGCCCAGGCCGCGCCUGGCGACCAGUACGGCGACCUGUUCCAGGUGCCCACCGUCAGCACCGACGACUUCGUCAGCUUCGCCGAGGAGAAGAAGGAGCGGAAGUCGCGGGUGAUCGACCUGUCGCAGUACGGCCCCACCUACUUCGGCCCCGAGCACGCCCGGGUGCUGUCCAGCCACCUGAUGCACUCCAGCCUGCCCGGCCUCACGCGCCUCGAGCAGAUGUUCCUGGUGGCGCUCGCCGAUACCGUGGCAACCCCCAGCUCGGAGGUCAGCAGCUCCACGGACAAACAGUACACUGGUGGAGAGGCACUGGAUGAGUGCGGACUCAGGUACUUGCUGGCGAUGCGUUUGCACACCUGCCUGCUGACCUCACUGCCUCCCCUCUACAGGAUGCAGCUGCUGCACCAAGGUCUCUCCACGUGUCACUUUGCCUGGGCGUUCCACUCUGAGGCAGAGGAGGAGCUGCUGUCCAUGAUCCCUGCGGUCCAGAGGGGAGAUCCGCAGUGGGCGGAGCUCAGGGCCGUGGGGGUGGGCUGGUGGGUCCGAAACAUUAACACCCUGCGCCGCAUUAUGGAGAAGGUAGCUAAAGCUGCGUUUCAGAGGAAUAGUGAACCCUUAGAUGCUGCCCUCUUCUACCUGGCCAUGAAGAAGAAGGCUGUAUUGUGGGGGCUGUUCAGAUCCCAGCACGACGAGAAGAUGACCCAGUUCUUCAGCCGCAACUUUGCCGAGGACAGGUGGCGGAAGUCGGCCCUGAAGAACGCCUUCUCUCUGCUGGGGAAGCAGAGGUUUGAGCAGGCGGCGGGGUUCUUCCUGCUGGCCGGGGCGCUCAAAGACGCCGUCGAGGUUUGCCUUGAGAAGCUGGAGGACAUACAGUUAGCUAUGGUAGUGGCUCGUCUCUAUGAGUCAGAUUAUGAGAGCUCAUCCACCUGUGAGGGCAUUCUGUAUGAGAGAGUGCUGGGCUGCAACAGGGAUGGCUCUGGCUUCAGCUGCACCAGGCUGCACUCUGACCCCUUCCUGCGCAGCAUUGCAUUCUGGGUAAUGAAGGACUACUCAAGGGCUCUGGACACGCUUCUGGAGCAGACGCCGAAGGAUGAUGAUGAGAAUCCUGAGGUGAUGGUAAAGUCGUGCAACCCCAUGGUCUUCAGCUUCUAUAACUACCUGCGCACGCACCCCCUCCUGAUGAGGCGCCACUUUGCCUCCCCUGAGAGUGCCCCGGUUGCCCUGGGCCUGACCUCGGAGCGAAGCGGCGCAGACGAGAUCAACCUGAUCGAGCGCAAGCUCUUCUUCACCACCGCCAAUGCCCACUUCAAAGUGGGCUGCCCCGUGCUUGCCCUGGAGGUGCUGUCCAAGAUCCCCCGCAUCACAAAGAAGGCGGGGUCCUCCCUGAACAAGGACCCCUCACUGCUCCACGUAGGCCCCACCCAGCCCAUAGAGAAUGGCAGGAAGGCUGGCGUAGAACAGUCGGCGCCCCCUGGUGGUUUGGACUCGUCGGCAAUGCUGGACUGGAGCCAGCCGAUUGGCAAAGUGGAUGAGGGCCUGAAGCUUGACUGGGGGGACAAUGAGGAGGACGAGGAAGAGGAAGAUGACGGGCUGACCAUGAAGCAAGGUCCGGCAGAGGAAGCGGAGGGGCAGACGGACCCCCAGGGGCGGGGCGGGGUGCAGAAGGAGGACUCAGUAGGAGAGGCAGAGGUGGACGUGAUCGCGGAGCAGCUGAAGUUCCGGGCGUGUCUGAAGAUCCUGAUGACGGAGCUGCGCACGCUGGCCACGGGCUAUGAGGUGGAUGGAGGCAAGCUACGCUUCCAGCUCUACAGCUGGCUGGAGAAGGAGAUCGGCGCCAUGCACCGCGUCUGCAACCACAAGGCCGAGGGGCGGGCCGAGGGCUGGGGCGGGGCCGAGCGGGGAGGUGAGGAGGGGGAGAGCGAGAGGGAGGGCCAGGUGGAGCUGGGUCCACCGGCAUCCCUGGACCGGACUGAGGGCGGAGCAUAUGAGCGCCACCAGCUGGAGCGCCGCCGCCUGCAGGCCAAGCAGCAGCACGCCGAGAGACGCAAGGCCUGGCUGAGGAAGAACCAGGCCCUGCUCAGAGUCUUCCUCAGCUACUGCAGCCUGCAUGGGGCCAAGGGCGGAGGCGUCACCUCCGUCAGGAUGGAGCUGAUAUUCCUGCUGCAGGAGUCCCAGCAGGAGACGACGAUGAAGCAGCUACAGUCUCCUCUCCCCUUGCCCACCACGCUGCCCCUCCUUUCUGCCAGCAUCGCACCCACGAAGACCGUCAUUGCCAACCCCGUGCUCCACCUCAGCAACCAUAUCCACGACAUCCUGUACACUGUUGUGCGCAUGGACACGCCCCCUCACCCUGACAUCAUUGAUGACCGUGUGAACACCUUGCACACACUGGCAGCAUCUUUGUCAGCCUGCAUAUACCAGGCCCUCUGUGACAGUCACAGCUACAGGUCCGAGGCCAAUCAGUUCACGGGGAUGGUGUACCAGGGUCUGCUGCUAAGUGAGAGGCGGAGGCUCCGCACAGAGAGCAUCGAGGAACAGGCCACACCCACCUCCUCCCCUGCACAUUGGCCAGGUGUCUCCUCCCUCAUUAACCUGGUGGCGUCGGCGCAGGGGGAGGAUCGGCCCAAGCUGAACGUGAUGCUGUGCGAGGCGGUGGUGGCUGUCUACCUCAGCCUGCUCAUCCACGGCCUGGGCAUGCACUCCAGCAACGAGCUCUUCCGCCUGGCUGCCCACCCCCUCAACAACCGCAUGUGGGCCGCCGUGUUUGGGGGAGGGGCCAAGCUCCUCGUCAAACCCAGGAGACCCCCGGAGCCCAAGUCAGUGGCUCCACCCCCUGUGGAGGAGAUUGACAAGCACCGUCGGCGCUUCAACAUGCGCAUGCUGGUCCCGGGACGGCCGGUGAAGGAGGCGCCAGCCACGCCCCCUCCAGUGCCCAUGGAGAGGCCUUCCUACCGGGAGAAGUUCAUCCCGCCGGAACUCAGCAUGUGGGACUAUUUUGUGGCCAAACCCUUCCUGCCCCUCUCGGACAGCGGCGCUCUGUACGACUCGGAUGAGAGCGGCGCCAGUGAGGACGAGGAAGACGAGGACGCCUUCCUCUCGGACACCCAGAUCACAGAACACAGUGACCCCAAUUCAUACAGCUGGACUCUCAUACGGUUAGCCAUGGUCAAACUGGCCCUGCACAACAUCAACAACUUCCUGCCUAUUACAGGUUUGGAAUUCUCAGAGCUGCCAGUGACUUCUCCGCUAGUGAACGCCUCACUGAAGAUGCUGGAGAACUGGGAGCACCUGCUGCUGGAGAGGAUGAACAAAUUUGACGGGCCUCCACCCAACUACAUCCACACCUACCCCACGGACCUGAGUGCGGGCGGGGGCCCUGCCAUCCUGAGGCACAAGGCGAUGCUGGAGCCGGAGAACACGCCCUUCAAAGCCAAAAACCACCAGUCUUUCCCCGAAAGGCGUCUAUGGCACUUCCUUGUUAAACAGGAAGUUCUCCAGGAGACAAUGAUUCGCUACAUUUUCACCAGGAAAAGGAAGCAAAGUGAGUCUUCAGACGACCUUGUGGACCAACUCAAACAAAACUGCAUAGCGGGAAAUGGCAAAUCCCAAAAGGUGGAGGCUGAGCUAGGCUACCCAGGAGGCAAGGCCAAAGUAAUUCACAAGGAAGCCGAUAUUAUAAUGGCGUUUGCCAUUAACAAGGCUAACACCAAUGAGAUUGUCCUGGCGUCCACUCACGAUGUGCAGGAAGUGGACGUGUCUGCUCUGCUGGCCACCCAGCCCUACACCUGGAUCGGAGAGGAGUUCGACAAGGAGUCCCGCAGCUCUGACGAUGUGGACUACCGAUCCUCUCACACCAACAUCGCCCAGGCCAGCGCUCCCCCGCUCAUACCCGCCUCAGCGUCUAUGCCCUGGCUGGGCAGCGGGCAGACAAGCACGGGCGCUAACGUGCUCAUCAAAAGGAACUUGAAUAAUGUCAAGAGAAUGACCUCUCAUCCUAUUUACCAGUAUUACAUGACCGGGGCUCAGGACGGCAGUGUGCGGAUGUUCGAGUGGAACAGGCCCCAGCAGCUCAUCUGUUUCCGGCAGGCCGGCAAUGCCAGGGUCACCAGGCUCUACUUCAACACUCAAGGAAACAAGUGUGGGGUUGCUGAUGGUGAGGGCUUCCUGAGCCUCUGGCAGGUCAACCAAACAUCCUCCAGCCCCAAACCUUAUUUGAGCUGGCAGUGUCACACCAAAACCUGCGGUGACUUCGCCUUCAUCACCUCCUCCAGUCUGAUUGCCAGUGCCGGCCUCUCCACCGACAGCAGAAACGUCUGCCUUUGGGACACCCUGAUUUCUCCCAGUAAUACUCUGGUACACGCGUUCCCGUGCCACGAGAACGGCGCCACCGUGCUGCAGUACGCCUCCAAGCAGCAGCUGAUCCUCUCCGGGGGCAGGAAGGGCUUCGUCUGCAUCUUCGACAUCCGGCAGCGGCAGCUCCUGCACACCUUCCAGGCCCAUGACUCCGCCAUCAAGGCCCUGGCCCUGGACUCCACCGAGGACUUCUUCAUCACCGGCUCUGCCGAGGGAAACAUGAAGGUGUGGAAGCUGACGGGUCACGGGCUGCUGCACUCCUUCAGCUCCGAGCACGCCAAGCAGUCCAUCUUCCGCAACAUCGGCGCCGGCGUCAUGCAGGUGGAGACCUGCCCCGGCAACCGCAUCUUCACCUGCGGCGCCGACGGAACCCUGAAGAUGAGGGUUCUGCCGGACCGCUACAACAUCCCCGCCAGCAUCUUCGACAUCCUGUGAAACUUAACGGCGGAAAACCAAGAGGGCGGGGGGCAGCCACGCCCGGUCCUCUUUCAGGGGUCACUGCCUCCGUUUCCCUGACUGUGGACCCCUCCCUCCCCGAGCUGGAUACAUUACACCUGAUUUAUUUUUAAACUGAAUUUGUUUCAGAAUCUCUGAUAUGGUGUUCUUAUAGGAAAGCUAUGCAUGUACUGUAACUGUAAAUCAGUGUGAAGUCGGGCCACUGAUGGAGCUCUCUAAAAGCACUCAAAGUGUGUACUGUACUGUAUCUGUUGUCAUUAUUUGCACCUCUCAGCACUGUGGUUCAGUAUCCUGUCAGCGUGUCUGUGGUCUCUGGUGUGAGUGCAGUUGUUCUUUUUUAUCUGCAUUAUAUUUAUUGAUUGAUCCUCAGUACGCAUGGCAGGGUAAAUUCACCCUCGUUGCCCGUAAGUCGUUGGCUUGUGGUGAGAAGACUGCACUGAUCUUGGCCAAGCAAGGUCACAUCUGUCCUUACCCUGGGACAGGAGCCUGUAAUGCCCAAAGUGUAGUUUUGCGUUUUUGUCCUUUUGGUGUUACUCAUUAACCACUGCUAGAACAUUCCACUUGACCAGAGACACAAGGAUGUUUUUGUUUCUUUUUUUUUGCACAAAAUUGUUUUUACAUUUUUUAAAAUUGUUAUUUUGCAGACUGUUGUAUUUAUGUUUAACUUAUUGCCUUUACUGUAGGAAUGUAAAGAGGAUUACAGUGCGCAACUCCUUUGGCUACUGUAGUUUUAAGUGGUUUAUCCAUAAUGAAUUGAACCUUUGCACACAAGCCAGGGGACAGAAUUAAACCUGAUUUAUGAUACAGACACUAUACGGGGCAGUGAGAGCAUACACUAAGUGCAUACAGGUAGAAAGACAGGCCAAUAUUACCUGCUCAGGGAGAACUGGAUCUCCUCAAGGUGUACUUUGGCCACUUCAGCUACAAUUACAAGGUCCAAAACUGGCAGAUUCUGUUUUCUGUAACAUCCGUUAUACUUGUUAUACUUAAUUGGAGAACGGAACCUGCUGGACCCCUAUAUUGCUGUAUGAAACUUUAAAAACCAAUAACCAGUUGCCUGAAAUCUAUACGCACUUGCUCUUUGAUAAAUCUGGCCAUUCUAGACAUAUUUACAGUGAAUGUCUGGCUUUGUUUGGCCAAGUAGUGAGUGGAUUGGUGGUCUUAAUUUAGAACAUAUCACUUCAGCACGGGCAAAACAGGAGAACGUAAUCUUGAGUUUGUAUCAUACCAGCUGAACUAGCCGUACUUUGGUUAAAUGUGUGGUGUUCCUGGAACAGAUUUGUGUUUAUGGUGAGAACCAUGUCUGCUGUAUGUAUUUAUGACUGUCUGACCAGUUGUCUUUUGCUUAGGUAUCCGUGUUAGUGUGUGUGUUCAUCGGAAAUGCGGGAAACGCAAACACAGAUUCUCCAUGUGAGGUCCCAGAGAGAGAAUGGCCACCUGCCAUUGUUAGUUUUACCUUUGUAAGUUUAAUAAAUUCUUUUUAUUUCACGAAA